AUGUGGCCGUCUCGGCCACGGCGAAUACGCAAGCCUUUCGAUCGCAGCACAAUGACAUACGUAUACGUCUCUGAAGAACAGCCACUUGUCGUAGGCUUGGAUGAAAAGGCCAGGCGUAGACGUCGUUGCCGCCGUUUCGCCCACUUCAUCGUGGCUUCGAUUGCGCUUAUCCUUAUUGGCUAUGGCUCACUGCGUCUGUUUGCAUACAAGUACGCCCACUCGCAUAUAGAGUGCGUCCCAUACGAGGGCGGCAAGACGAUUGUCAAUCUACCUAUUCUCUACCCCCGAUCGGCUGUCUUGUUGGAUUCAAGCAUCUCCUCCGGAGACGUCUUUGUUACUCGCGUCGAAACCCACACAAACGAGGUCAAGGUUACUUUUGAAGAAGACAGCUCGUCCGAGGAAGAAGCCGAGAUCCGUCUAUGCACGCUCAAAGGUGGAAAACUGACCGGCGUUGGUAUCUAUGCAUCGAAGAAAGGUCAACAGGACUUGCUCCCGGUAAUCAAGUCCGUCAAAGUCGAAAUUCCCAAAUCUGUACCACCUCCCAGUGUCGAUCUGCUUCCUCCUCCCAGGCGCCACCACUGUCUGGUCCGCUUCUUCAAGUGGGCUGGGGUAUGGGACUCCAAACAGACUGAGAUGGCCAAGCUCCGGGACAACUAA